GAGCAUGUUUUAUUGUUUGGCGAUAUAAUCGUGUUUCCCACCGGAAGAAACGCAAAGGUACCGACUUUAAGCUACAGAAAUGGCGAAGAAGAAGCCUAUCAAGUACUUCGUUGUCGAUGCGUUCACCGAGUCUGCAUUCAAGGGGAAUCCUGCGGCGGUUUGCUUUCUCGGCGAGGACGACGAGAGAGACGAUGCUUGGCUUCAGUCCGUCGCCGUGGAGUUCAAAACCCCGAUUACUGGUUUUCUCACUCCGAUCACCGGCUCCGCCUCCGGCUUCCGUCUCCGGUGGUUUUCCACCACCACCGAGGUGGAUAUCUGCGGUCAUGUGACUUUGGCUUCUGCUCACACUCUCUUCUCAAACGGUUUGGUCGAUACUGAGACGAUCGAAUUCUCCACACGAGCCGGGGUUAUAACAGCUAAAAGGGUUCCUGACAAUGAUGGUGAAGCUAAAAAAUCGUUCUUGAUUGAGUUGAGACUCCCUAUGGUUCAAUCGUAUGAGUACAGCUCCAACGACUUGUCCAUGUUGUCCAAAGCCUUGGAUGGAACUACCAUUGUUGACGUCAAAGCAACUUCGAUAGAUUAUAUCAUCGUCGAGCUUCCAUCCAUGGAGUCGGUCAUCAAAUUGCAGCCAAGAACCGAAGAUAUAUUUGAAUGCCCGGGGAAAAUGGUAGUUGUGACAGCAGCUGCCCCUGCUGGAUCUGACUACGAUUUCAUGAGUCGGUGCUUUGCCCCAAAAAUAGGGGUUGAAGAGCCCCCCGUUUGUGGAAGCGCACACUGUGCAUUGGCACAUUACUGGAGCCUUAAACUCAACAAGUCUGAUUUUGUAGCAUUCGCUGCCUCGCGUAGGAGGGGAAAGGUGAUGAUGAGUUUGGACAUGGAGAAGGGGAGAGUCCUUCUGAGAGGAAGAGCUCUUACUGUCAUGGAAGGCCUUCUUGUCUGCUAACAACAGAGUAAUAUGUUUGUCUAAGUAAACAUUGUAUUGGAUUCUUACAAGGCUGAUGAUGAUGACGACGACGAUAAUCUGAUCCAAGAUCGUCGCUUCUUUUGUAUUUGAAUGUUCAUUUUCGAUUUGGUCCGGUUUCGAUUCAAAUUAGUACGAAACUAAAAUUUCCAAACCGAAAUGUCCACCUCUAAUAUUUUCAGUUUAUGUAAUUUCUUGUGUCAAAUAAACAAACAAGAAAACAGAUUGGGAUGACUUUAUAUAUCUCGGUUCACUUCA